AUGAUAAUACUUCAUAUAUUAUCGCUUAUUUCAAUUGGAAUAACAAUUGCGACAGAUGAAUUAAUUUUCAUCCAAAUUGUUUGGCGACAUGGUGACCGUGCUCCGACAUUUGCAUAUCCAACCGACAUUCAUCAGGAAAAAGCAUGGCCAUACGGUUGGGGUGAACUCACAGAGCUUGGAAUGAAGCAGCAAUUCGUCCUUGGACAUCUUAUUCGACAACGAUACAUUGAAAGAGAUUAUCAUUUCUUAUCAUAUAAUUAUAAACCCAAAGAAUUGUACAUCAGAAGUACCGAUGUAAAUCGAACAUUAAUUAGUGCAAUGGCUAAUUUGGCUGGCAUGUAUCCUAUAGGAGAAGCUGGAAAGGAUUACCCAAAAUUUAAGCAAUGGCCAUCUCAUUGGACACCAAUUCCUAUUCAUACUGUCGAAAAUCAGGAAGAUUUUGUAGGGAACGUUUUUAGCCGAUGUCCUCGUGCCGAUCAAUUAACAGCUGUUAUUCGUUGCAGUAAGCAUUAUCGAAAUGUAGCUAAUGAAAAUAAAGAAUUUUUUAAUUAUGUAAGCGAAAAAAGUGGUAUGAAUGUGAAUUUGGACAAUAUACAUACCAUUAAUGACAUUCAUUAUAUUGAGACGUUGCAUAAUAUGUCACAACCAUCUUGGAUCACCAAUGAUGUUUCAAAUAAACUGCGUAAUUUAUCGAUAAUUGCCAAUGAAUUUUUAUAUGGUAUUUCGGUACCAUAUCUACCGGAAUUGAUUAAACUUAGGGGUGGUAGUUUAUUGAAACUUUUUUUGGAAAAUAUAAGCCAGAAGAAGGAGUGCUUAUCAAAUCCGGAAAAUUCAAGCUGUUCAUGGAUUCAACAGCGUAAAUAUUUUGCUCUUUCAGCUCACGAUACAACAAUUGCCGCUUUAUUAGCUACACUUGCUGAUGAAAAAAUUCUAAAGAAAGGUUUACCGCAAUAUACCGCUUCUGUUGCAGUAGAAUUGUGGAAAAAAUCCGAUAUAGGAUUCGCAGUAAAGAUACUCUUUCAUGAAGCAUUCCAUUAUCCGUAUCGUGCAAUAACACGUUUUACAAAAGGUUGUCCAUCGGAUAGUGAUUUCUGCCCAUUGAAUGUAUUCCUGAAGCGUUCAAAAAUUUUCCUACCUGAUGACAUUAAACAAGAAUGUUUACCAAAGAAGGAAAUGAAUAAAUUAAUUUCUAAAAUAUGUAGUAAUACUGUAGUUAUUUAA